AUAAAAGUGAUAGAAUCAUUUUACUUUCUUUUACACACAAGGCGAAGAAAGGGAGCCUUCGUCUUUUUACAACUCCGACUAAUAUCAACAUCACCUUCGGUCAAGUAAUUUAUUCGGCAACAUGUCAAAGGGACCAGCAGUCGGCAUUGAUCUUGGAACCACCUACUCCUGUGUAGGUGUGUUCCAGCAUGGCAAGGUUGAGAUCAUUGCCAAUGACCAGGGCAACAGGACCACUCCAAGCUAUGUUGCCUUCACAGACUCAGAAAGGCUAAUUGGUGAUGCUGCCAAGAAUCAGGUUGCCAUGAACCCCUGCAAUACAGUAUUUGAUGCCAAAAGACUGAUUGGCCGCAGGUUUGAUGACGGAGUUGUUCAAUCGGACAUGAAGCAUUGGCCAUUCACAGUCAUCAAUGAUUCUACUCGGCCUAAGCUCCAAGUUGAAUACAAAGGAGAGACUAAGUCUUUCUACCCAGAAGAAAUUUCCUCCAUGGUUCUAGUCAAGAUGAAAGAGAUCGCAGAAGCCUACCUUGGAAAAACUGUCAACAAUGCUGUUGUUACAGUACCUGCCUACUUCAAUGACUCCCAGCGCCAGGCAACAAAAGAUGCUGGCACUAUCUCAGGCCUGAAUGUUCUGCGUAUCAUCAAUGAGCCAACUGCUGCGGCCAUUGCCUAUGGCUUGGACAAGAAGGUUGGUGCUGAAAGGAAUGUACUCAUCUUUGAUCUUGGAGGUGGCACUUUUGAUGUGUCCAUCCUGACCAUUGAGGAUGGCAUCUUUGAGGUCAAGUCCACAGCUGGAGACACCCACCUGGGUGGGGAAGACUUUGACAACCGCAUGGUAAACCACUUCAUUGCAGAGUUCAAGCGCAAGUACAAGAAAGACAUCAGUGACAACAAGAGAGCUGUUCGCCGUCUCCGCACCGCAUGUGAGAGGGCAAAGCGCACCCUGUCCUCAAGCACCCAGGCCAGCAUCGAGAUCGACUCUCUGUACGAGGGAAUCGACUUCUACACCUCCAUCACCAGGGCUCGCUUUGAGGAACUCAACGCAGACCUUUUCCGGGGCACCCUGGACCCAGUUGAGAAAUCCCUCCGCGACGCCAAGAUGGACAAGGCCCAGGUCCAUGACAUUGUCCUGGUUGGAGGCUCCACUCGUAUCCCCAAGAUCCAGAAACUGCUCCAAGACUUCUUCAAUGGCAAAGAGCUUAACAAGAGCAUCAACCCAGAUGAGGCUGUGGCCUAUGGUGCAGCUGUCCAGGCAGCCAUCCUCUCAGGUGACAAGUCUGAGAAUGUCCAGGACCUGCUUUUGCUAGAUGUCACCCCACUGUCCUUGGGUAUUGAGACAGCAGGAGGUGUCAUGACUGUUCUGAUCAAACGUAACACCACCAUUCCAACCAAGCAGACCCAGACAUUCACCACCUAUUCUGACAAUCAGCCAGGGGUGCUCAUUCAGGUGUAUGAAGGUGAGCGGGCCAUGACAAAGGACAAUAACCUUUUGGGCAAAUUUGAGCUGACUGGAAUCCCCCCUGCACCUCGUGGUGUUCCCCAGAUUGAGGUCACCUUUGACAUUGAUGCCAAUGGUAUCAUGAAUGUGUCUGCAGCUGACAAGAGCACUGGGAAGGAGAACAAGAUCACGAUUACCAAUGACAAAGGUCGUCUGAGCAAGGAAGACAUUGAGCGCAUGGUCCAGGAGGCUGAGAAAUACAAGGCUGAAGAUGAUGUGCAGCGGGAUAAGGUCUCCUCUAAGAACUCCCUGGAGUCCUAUGCGUUCAACAUGAAGUCCACUGUGGAGGAUGAAAAACUGCAGGGCAAGAUCAGUGAUGAGGAUAAGGCCAAGAUUCUGGAGAAGUGCAAUGAAGUCAUCAGCUGGCUGGACAAGAACCAGACUGCGGAGAAAGAGGAAUAUGAGCACCAUCAGAAGGAGCUGGAGAAGGUGUGCAACCCAAUCAUCACCAAGCUGUACCAGGGUGCUGGUGGCAUGCCAGGUGGUAUGCCUGAAGGUAUGCCUGGUGGAUUCCCAGGGGCUGGUGGCGCUGCUCCUGGAGGCGGUGGAUCAUCUGGACCAACCAUUGAGGAAGUUGACUAAACCUUUCCUUUGUUUUUGCUACUACCUCCCCUUAAGCAAUGUUUGAAAUGGAUUCUGCCCUCUUGUGGCUCAGUCCAAGUGACUUGCCACGGAGUGAAAAAAUAAAAAAACUGGUUGAGGGAUCACAUUUCUAUGGCAACUUUGUUUGCUACACAACAGGGAACAGUUAUUUACUUGAUUUGCACAACUAAGAUGUAAUAUUUCAGUAUUUUGUAAAUCUGAAACUUGCCUUUGUCACAAAGCCUUGAUGACAUUAAACAGUGACCUCCCUCAA